AUGGAAAUAAUCAAUGGAGAAAAUGUAGAAAAUGCAGAAAAUGUAGAAAAUGUAGAAAAUGCAGAAAAUGUAGAAAAUGCAGAAAAUGUAGAAAAUGUAGAAAAUACAGAAAAUGUAGAAAAUACAGAAAAUGUAGAAAAUGCAGAAAAUGUAGAAAAUGCAGAAAAUGUAGAAAAUGUAGAAAAUACAGAAAAUGUAGAAAAUACAGAAAAUGUAGAAAAUGCAGAAAAUGUAGAAAAUGUAGAAAAUACAGAAAAUGUAGAAAAUGUUGAAAACAAUAAUGUGCUUAUAACCCAACCAAUUGAAAUGAAUUUCGAACUUAUUUGUGAUAUUGUAGAAAGAGAAAAUAUAAUAAAUAUAGCCGAUGAUAAUAAAAAAUGUAUCAUUAAUUUUUUAUUACAUUUUUAUAAAACAUAUAAAUGUUUUGGAUAUAAAGAAAUUACAAAUUUAAAUAAUUUUUUAAAGCUAAUUAUAACUAAGUUUAAAGAGGAAAAUGAAAAUGCUUUUUUUGAAAAAAUGAUAUUUAUACAUAUAGAAAAUAUGUGCAAUCGAUUUAUAAAUGUAAAAUUAAAGCAUGAUCCUCAAUAUAUUGAGCAAAUUGAAUUAUAUUUUUUCUAUAUUCUUGACUUGAGUUCCUAUUUAAAAAAUACAAAAACAGAAUCGAGCUUUUCAAAAUUAACUAAUGAAAGAGUACAAAAUUUAGUUAUGGCAAUUGUAAAUCAUUUGACAAAUUUCUUAGUAUAUGCAUUAAGAAUGAUAGAAUCGAACUACUAUAAAGAUCUAUAUUUAAUGUUAAUAUCAAAAGGAAAAAUAAUAGACAGUUUAGUAAAUUUAUAUUUAAAUUAUGAUCAAUCAGAUAAAUAUAUCAUUUAUAUUUUACUUAUAUUAUCAAGACAUAAAGAAUUUGAUGAUGAUAUAAUUAAUUGUGGAAUUAUAGAAUUAUUUAAUUCUCAAAUAUUUCUAAAUAAUGAUAAUAUUAAUAAUAAGCACUAUUUUUUUAUUGAAAUAAUUAUAAAUAUUGUUAUAAGAAACCAAAAGGGCAAUAUAACCUUUUUAGUAAAUAAAAAUGAGCUUGAUUAUGUUAAUAAUAUUUUAGAGAAAAUUUUGAUAAAAAUAAAAGAGGGCAGUCCCAAUUUAACUUGCAUAAGUUUGUUAAAAUUGAUAUUUUAUAUAAUACAAAAUAAAAAUAGCUACAUUCAUUUAUUCCUACUUGGCUUUAAAAAAAAAAUAUUACAUGUUCAGGAUAUGUCAUUUGUUCAUAAUUUAAAUAAUGUAAUAGGUUGUAUAGAAAAUAUUUGCGUGUUUAAAAAUGGAAAAAUAGAAAAUUUUGAUAAUUUUAUGGACGAUUUUCUUUGUAUUUUAUUUUGUAUUUUAAGAAUUGUCAUGAAACUUUUACUUUGUCCAUUUUCCGAAAUAAAUAUAGACAGUUGUAUCGAUCCUUCUGGAAUGAAAGAGAAUAAAGAGAUUAAGAGUAUGUUGAAAUAUAGCAUAUCAAGCGAAGUAGGGGAAACAAAAAAUGAGUGUAUAAAAUUGAUAAAAAAUAUUAUAAAAUUUUCUUUGAAUUUUUUAUGUCAUGACAUUCCGAUCCUUGAUGGUGAAAAAAAAUCGCUACAUUUGGUGUGUGGUGAUAUCUUAAAAGAAAUAGGGAAUUACGAUUUUAGUGGGUAUUUAGAAGAGAAAAAAAAAAUAGUAAACGAAAUUAUAGAUAGCAUAAUGAUAAAAAUGGAAGAAACUAAGAAUAUUAGUAAUGAAGACCAACAUAUAUAUGUAUAUUCCAAACAUUUAGAGGUGAUAUUUUAUGUUAGUUUUAAUAAUGAGGAACUAAUAAAAAUGUGUUUUACAAAAGAAUUUAUAUUGCUUGUUCAUAAUAAUUAUUGUAAAUUAGAUAAAAAUGAGAAUUUAAAAAAUAUUAAAAAAAAAGAAAUACGAAACUUAUUAAAGGUAUAUUAUUUUGGAAUUUUAUAUUUAUAUAUAAAAAAUAAUUUACAAUCAGAAGAAAUCAAAGCAGACCCUAUUUCUUCUUAUAUUAAUUAUGUUAUUAUUAAAGAAUUGAAAGACAAACAAUUUAUGCUUCAAAAUGAAUUAUAUUAUUUAAUAUUUUUGAAAUUUUUAAGCAUGUCUUUAUUAAAUAACUUGUAUAAUUUUAAAUUAUUUUUAAAAAAUAAUACCUUAGAUAAUUUGCUAAGAAUAUUUAAAAGGAGCACCAUAAGAAUAAAAACAGUGGUAGUACAAUUGCUGUUUCAGUGUAUUGAAAAAGAUGAUAAUUUGGAUUUAGUUAAAAAUUAUACAAAAAAGAAUAAAUCAUUGCUUGAAGUUUUAAUGGGUUUCUGGAUAGAAAUUCAAAAAAAUGGUUUAGACAAAAAGGAAUACAUGAGUACUAAAUAUAUGAUAUAUUAUAUAUGUAAAGCAGUAACAAGUAAUUUUACAAAAUAUCUUAAACACUUUUAUGAGACAAAAUCAAUGUUUUCGAAUUUAAAGUCUAUGAUAGUUUAUGAAGAAAAAUGUUUUCUCGAUAUUUAUUUGAAAAUAAAAGAAGAAAUUGAGACUAGCCAACUAGCCGUUGUAGAAAAUGAUGAGUGGCUAGUAAAAGAAAAAAUAAAAAAUCAAAUAAGGAGAAUAGAACAGGUGGAAGCAGAGAGUGCUAUUAUACAAGAAAAUAAUUAUAAAAAAGAAGAAAAAGAAUUGGAUAAUUAUUAUGACUAUGUUAGGACUACAAAAUAG